AUGGGACACGGCUGCCUUUCAAAAGGCUCGGUAAAAAUCCAUGAAAUGGUCAAUCGUGCUGCAACCCUCAACAAUUCAUCACCGAGACCCAACGAUGACUUAAUCCGGCGCAAGAAAUCUCAGCUAUUUUUGACAGACGACUCAGAGUCUACCUUUGUUGAGCUCAGCACGCCAAGAACUGGAAGAACAAUUCGUUGAAAAAGAGGAGAAAUUAUAGGCGAAGGAGCCUAUGCCAAAGUCUACCAAUGCAUGAAUAUCGAGACGGGAGAACUUCUAGCAGUCAAACAUUUCAAAGUAAAACUUAUUUAGCUCACAGAUGACCCAAACAAAAUCCAAAAGGAGUUCACGCUCAUGAAAAAAGAAGUUUCACUGCUAACUUCCCCCUCAUUCUGUGAGCGAACAAAAUUAUUGGAAAGUCCCUAUUUUUAGGCUAAAAAAAUCCCUUCGUGAUCGAAAAAACAAAUUAUGAAAAAAUAUUUUGAUAUAUAAGUGAUAAUUAGAAUAAUGAAACUCGACUAAUUCUGUUAAAUAAUAAUAGCUUGCAAUUUUAAAAAAAAUUACAAAUUAAAUAAUAUUUGCUUUAAAAUUAUUUCUAAUGGGGAUUUUUCUUAAAUUUCGAAAAAAAUUCACUUCUUUCUGUGAACGAACAAAAUUUUUUUGUUCUCUCACGGAGGAAGGUGGGGAGUAAGACAAUUGGACCACCCUAAUAUAGUCCAAUAUUACCAAACCGACUUGUCACCAGAUAUGACUUCUUUAAACGUAGUUAUUGAAUAUGUCCCAGGUGGGACCUUGAAACAUCUGAUUCAAAAAUAUGGAAUUCUUGAAGACGAUGUUAUUAAAACUUUUACGAGACAACUGCUCAAAGGAUUAGCUUACCUUCAUGAUAAUGGAGUUAUUCAUAGAGACUUGAAGUCUGCUAAUAUCCUAAUCUCGACCAAUGGGACGUUGAAACUGACUGAUUUUGGGUCAUCAAGAAAAUUCGAAAAUUCUGACUUAGAAUUGACGAAAAGUCUGAAAGGAAGCCCCUAUUGGAUGGCACCUGAAGUUGUACUUAGAAGAGGGCACAGCUAUUCAGCUGACAUUUGGUCAUUAGGGUGCGUUUUAAUAGAGAUGGCAUCGGGGAAGCCACCAUGGUCGAAUUAUUCUAAAGAUGCAAGAGAAGUACUAAAGCUAAUUGCAACGAAUGACGUACUACCAGAUAUGCCAAAAUGUGAAAGACAGUUAAAAAAUAUUAUUAAGCAGUGCAUUCAGAGAGAGCCACUGAGAAGGCCUACUGCAAAAGAUCUGUUAAAAUUAAGCUAUUUCAACGACGGAAAGACAAAUGAUUCACUUACAGAGCAGUCUAGCUUAUCUAGAAAUAUAAACGUUGAAAUUAUUGAAGAACAAGCAGAAGAGUAUGUAUCAUAA